AUACAACCGCUCGUUUUUAUUUACGAAAGUAUCCGUAGCGAUUAAUCUCUCUCUCUCCCAAAAUUUCAUUUCUAUUUCCCUCUUUACACCUAGGGUUUCUUGAUUUCAAUUUCAAAAUUGAAUCAGAUCUCUCGAGAGUUUGCAUUUGAUUUCUGGAAUUCAUCUGUUCAAUGUCCGCAUCCACAGUUUCCGUCACUGCAAAUACCACUUCCACCCGGCGCCGAGCCGUGGAAAAGAAGCAGCCAUCCGCCGGCUUCGAUUUGGCUGGCGACGCGACCCAAAUGGUCGCCACCGCGGCCUCCCCAAUAAAUCCCGAUACAAACACAAACAAUUCCAGUGCUAGACUCACUGCCGGUGGUACUUCCACCGGGAUCCACAAGGAUGUGAUCCACGUUAAAAAACCGCCGCCCAACACUACUAGCGGUGACCAAGCAACGACACGACGGACUGGCGCGUCAAGAAAGUCCUCGAAAGCCGAGAAGCCACGCUGGCUCACUGCGAUCAGCAUUAUUACUAAGAAUUUUGUGCUCUUGUUGGCAUUAAUAAGUUUAGUUCAGAUGAUCCGGUGGGCUGUUUUAAAAAAUUCGGGUCAUGAUACGGUUGGGAUUUCAGCAAUGUCAGGGGAUGUGGAUGGUAAGUUAGCCGAGAUAGAUAAGUUCGUGAAGAAAUCUUUAAAAGCCAUGCAGGUCCAAGUGGAGGCCAUUGACCGAAAAUAUGAGAAGGGGAUCAGUUCAGUAAAAAAGGAAUUUGUUGAGAAACUAGAUAACCAAGGAGAAAAGUUGGAUUUGAAGUUGAAAAAGUUGGAUGAAAGGAGUGAACUUUAUGAGAAGUUUAUGGGCCAAUUUGAAUCAAAAAGUUUAUUAUCAAAGGAAGAAUUUAAUGAUUUCUUCGAGGAGUUUAGGAAGUCAAAGAAGGAUGGAGACAAUCAUGGUGACGAAGUGAGCCUGGACCAGAUUAGGGAAUAUGCGAGAAAUAUAAUAGAGAAGGAAAUUCAGAGGCAUGCGGCUGAUGGGCUUGGGAUGGUCGAUUACGCAUUGGCAUCCGGAGGCGGGAAGGUGAUGAGGCAUUCAGAGCCAUUUGGGAAAGUGACUGGGAGUGGGAGUUGGUUGACAAAUCGUAAUAAAGCUCAUGCUGAUGCAGCUAAAAUGCUUAGACCGAGCUUUGGGGAGCCUGGGCAGUGUUUUCCGCUUAAGGGGAGUAGUGGAUUUGUUCAGAUCAAGCUUAGGACUGCCAUUAUUCCCGAGGCUGUGACUCUGGAACAUGUAGCCAAGAGUGUGGCUUAUGAUAGGUCCAGCGCUCCCAAGCACUGUAGGGUCUCUGGAUGGCUACAGGGACAGGAUUUGACCAAUCCGGUUAUUGACACUGAGAAAAUGUUUCUCUUGACAGAAUUUACCUACGACCUUGACAAGAGCAGUGCUCAAACUUUUAAUGUGUUAGACUCAGAAGCUUCUCCUGUUGUUGACACAAUCCGGCUUGACUUCACAUCCAACCAUGGGAGCUCUUCUCAUACGUGCAUCUACCGAUUGAGGGUUCAUGGUAAAGAACCCAACUCCGUCUCCAUGAUGGCAAUGCAAUCUUGAUGUCAGCUGUUUCAACCUAACAUUUCAUCAUCUCCAAUUUUUUUCUUUGUUCUAGUCUAGUAGCUGUUUUCACAUGUAUCCUUUUUUUUUUUGUGUGUGUAUUGUGUAGGACUGCAUACUACGAUCUAUUUAAAACUUGAUAUGUUAAUUUCGGUGUUCGAGAUGCUAUUUCUUCUCUUCAA